UGCUCCUCCUUCUCCUUCUCUUCCACACGCCAUCAAGCUCUGGGAGUGAUCACUGGGCUGUAUAGCUGGGCUCCUGCUCUCAGGGAAGGACGUGUGGGACUCACAGAAUAACAACAGCAGCAGCAGCAGCAGCAGCAGCAGCAGCAGCAGCAGCAGCAGCAGCUCUUUCCAUUCACAGGUUGUUCUGCCAAUGAAGGACAAAAUAAUGUAGCCAUAUGCUACAGAAUAUGGAGAAGACACAUACUUGACCAGGGAGCCCCUAUAAUGUAAACUGGGUACAGAGCUAAUGUGAAGGACAGGACCAGAGUUCCAGGAGAAGGAAGACCCAAGCAAGUGUUGCUGGGACAAAUCACUGUUUAGUGGCCAAGUAUGAAGCCCUCUUUCCUACAUAUUCCAGCAGCUGCACUGCUCCUUUGCUCUUUAUGGAUUUUGCCCAUUUAUUGCUGCAAUAAGGCUCUCUGUGCUAGUGAUGUCAGCAAAUGCCUAAUACAGGAGCUGUGCCAGUGUCGGCCCACAGAUGGAAACUGCUCCUGCUGUAAGGAGUGUAUGCUGUGUCUGGGCACACUCUGGGACGAGUGCUGCGACUGCGUUGGUAUGUGCAAACCAAGAAAUUACAGUGAUACACCCCCAACCUCCAAAAGUACAGUAGAGGAACUUCAUGAACCCAUUCCAUCCCUGUUCCGGGCUCUAACUGAGGGAGACACCCAACUUAAUUGGAAUAUUGUAACCUUUCCUGUAGUGGAGGAACUUUCCCAUCAUGAGAACCUGGUCUCCUUCCUGGAAAAUGUGAACCAACCACAAAAUGUAUCAGUCCAAGUGUCUCACAGCAAUGAAAAAGAGCACAUGUGUACAGUGGUCUAUUUUGAUGACUGUAUGUCAAUCCAUCAGUGCAAGGUUUCCUGUGAGUCCAUGGGAGCGUCAAAGUACCGUUGGUUCCACAACGCUUGCUGUGAAUGUGUGGGGCCGGAGUGUAUUGACUACGGAAGCAAAACGGUCAAGUGCGUGAACUGUAUGGUUUAAGUCAUAUCUCCAUGGAGAAGAAAUGAAUCCACUCUGUACUGCAUAUUACUCCCUCUACUGCCACUGAGGCAAGCUAUUUUUGGGCAAAUUAUAUCCGACACUCCAUUUGGAGUGAAAAGGGAUGAAGGAAGAAAAAGAAGGUUCAUUCUGGAACAAAACUCAAUUACAUAUAUUUACCAAAUAUGCAGAUUUGGUGAAAUAUGUAAAAAAAGAUAAAAUUUUUGUUGAAUAUGUAUAUUUUUUUAUGUUUUUAUAGUUUUCAAUAUUUUAGAUUUAUAUUAUAUUUUGUAACUAAAUGAUGUAAAUUUGCAGGUAUCAUGUUUUUUUUUAAAGACUUUCUCGUCUUUCCAACCCACUGCUAUAGGAAGAGUAAAGUCCAUUCUAUAAAUGUAUAUGAUUGUACUGAGUAGACUGCCCCAAUACAAAGUAGGAUGGAAUUUGGAUUUGGAUUGGUUCUUCACAUUACUGCAAUCUUCCUUUACUUCCCAUUGGCCAUUGCUGGAAUGCAGAGUGCAGUGGAGAAACACCUGCUAUUUAAUGGCAAAUAAUAAAGAACAAUUGAAGCCUGAUUAACAGAGGGGGUGACAUGGUCAGCAUUCUCUACGUGUGUGUCAUUCUAAGCAAACAGUAAAAAUCUGCUAAUUCAUUUUACUAUUUCCUUGUACUUUGGGUGUCUGUAUGCCUCAAACUUGGAUGGUGUUUGUACUUGUGCUCAUCUGAAUGACAUAAAACAUAAAUAUUGGUUCCCAACAUUCUCAGCAAGGUGUUGUGGAAUUUAAAUUUGGCUGGAAAAGUCAGUAUAACUGACUAUAAUAUAUUUAUAUAUUGGAAGGUACUCCAAUAUUUCCUGAUGAAAAUAUUGGUUGUUUAAUCAUAUACCUGAUGAGAAAGAACUAACAGUAACAGUAAAACAAAUAAUCUGAGUCUGACUGUAUUUUAUAACAUAUACUACUGCUUUGUCACAUAUAUAUAUGUGGUAUUUUUUUUUUAAGGAAAUUAGAAUGUCUAAACAAUA